AUAUUUUGCAAAGAAUAACGUAUACAAAAAUAUAUAAGGAAAUCACGUUUUUCAACUUAUAUAUUAUCCUUGUUAAUGUCUUAGAAGGUUUGGGCUUACAUAUUUCUAGUUUUCUGUUAAAAUUUUUUCAUAAAUUUUGAGGUUAUGUGAAAAAGUACAACUUUUCCAAUGGGUUUCAUUCUAUUAUUAUAUAUUUUUUUCAAUCUUUACUACUUUCAAAGGCUUCAGCCCUGGUCUGUAUCUUUAGUUGAUAAACUGGGAAAUUGGCUGCCAAAUGGAUUAGUUUAACUUCGGAUGUUAUCUAUUUAUAUAUCCAUCAAGUCACAGCUACCGAUAUCCAAACACUUUGAAAUAAGUUGCGACUUUGCAUAAGAAAGGGAUGAACAAUCGUACGUACAUAAGAGUUUCAGGUAACUUGAAAUUACUGGCCGCGGUGUUGGGUAAUUAACCGGCUGGUUUACAGAGUAAUACCCUUUAUAGGUACAUUUCAAUAUGGUGCUCCGACAAGAACAAUAUGAUCAGAGAUUGUAGUUUUGCCCUGGAAAUUUCGUGAAGAUAUUUUGUCAAAUAAAACAGUUUUCCACACAAUUGAUUUGAAUCGGUCGGUUGGUAUGGCAGCUAUACAGUACAAUAUCGGUGAUUCCGACGCUUGGGGAGAAAAGGACGUUUGCACAAUUUCAGAACGAUAUCUCAAAAACCGAGGUACAAGUUCGGGUACAUACAGACGGACAGACAAGUAUAUAUACUUCGUGGAAGGUCUGAACUGAUUGCAAUAGGACAUAUUUCCAUGAAAUAUAUUGGUAUACAAUUUGCUAGGAUAACGGUUUUAAUGAUUAUAUAUAGUAUAUAGCAGUUGAGGUAAUUCGCGGACUGAUUUCAUACAUUUUCAACAUCAAACUAUAGUAUAUCCAGAAUUAUAUUAUAUAUUCACUUAUUUUGCUAAGACAUCUUAUACAUCGGCCGAAAUAAAAAUAUAAAGAGUUUUGAAAUACUUUUAUCUGAUAUAUUUGGACUGCGAGUAGUAUUGACCCGAUUUUGUCCAUUUAUUAUUAUUACCAGAUAAAAAUGCUCUCUGAGUUUCAUUAAGAUAACUCACAUAUUAAAUUAUAUCAUUUAUGAUAUAUGUUAUAAGGUCAACCUGAAACUUGAAAAUCCUUAUAUUUGGUAUAUGGGGUCUAUGAGAAGCAUUGACCCGAUUUUACCCUUUUUUUAUCACCAGGAUACAUUAUUCCCAAAAAAAGACGUUUCAUUGAUAUAUGUCGCAGAUUGGCACUCAGGGUGACAUAUUCGGUACCUGGGGGCUUGAUAAGUCAUGAUCCGAUUUCGACCUAUUUUAGACAUGAGUCGCCAUACCUUUAGGGUAUCAUUUGUGCAAAGUUUUAUUCCGACAACUUUAUUGGCGUUUGAUUUGAUUUGAUGGUAUUUAAACAUUUGUUAUAUGAGAUACAAGCGUGUGUGUAUUGCGAUUUCGCCCAAUUUUAUUCGGUAAGCUAAAGAUGUCAUAAUACUCCUCACACCACUCCCAUUGUUCAAUUUUUAUAUCGGCUCCGAAGAAAAUCUUUCGUACCAUCUAAAAUGUGAAAUUAAAUACUUCUGGGGUGUUUAUUUAGUAAGUUAUCGUGCAUUUAAUAGUUUUCAACAUAAUUGUUAUACGGGGAGUGGGCGGGGUUAUAAUCCGCUUUUACCCAUUUUCACACUGUCGAAAAAGCUACUGGAAGGAUUUGUCCUCAGCAAGUUGAUAUAGGUUUAGAGGUUUGUGAAAUAUGUACAUUAAACCUAUCAGGAGGCGGAUACAUAUCUCACCAAAAUGAGUAUAAUAGGCAUAUUGAAUCUUACAAAUGUCACUUCGAAAUGAACUUAUCUCAUGAUUACAAGACACUUUAAUUGGGGAAAUAAGAAAUAGAUACAUCUAAUAGGAAAUAUUUAUACAAAUCUAAACCUAACAUUAAGUGUGCCUGUUUCGGCUUUUUUCAUUAGAUCCUAAAGGUCCCUUACCAAACCAUACCGAAAAUCCUCAGUUCAAUUGUAUAUACAUACUUGCACAUACAUAUGUAUGUAUGGGAGAAAAAAACUUCAGAGAGAGGUUGAAUGCAGACCGUAUUAUUAAUAAACUACAUCCACUACAAUAUAUAUUAUAUUAAUAUUAUGGUGAGUAACUCUUUGGUUCAGUGUCGCGCAUCUGUUGCCAACAACAACAACUUUGUGUAAUCAAUAUUCCUACUCACACUUCAAUAUUGUAGACGUAUUUGAAUAGAAAUUCAAAGUGUAAUUUUUAUUGUGUCAAAAACGAAAAAUAUUUAAAAUAUUUUAGUAUAAAACAGAGAAAACAUUUAAGGGAAAUAACGAAAAUAUUAUAAUCAGAGAAACUCUUAAAACGAGAUAAUCAAAACGACGUAAGUGUUCCGAAAAUCGUUACCAAACCAGAAAUAUUAUAAAAAAGAAACAUUAUGGAACGCUAUUACGUCGGCGGUGAUAGAGGUGACAGAGGGCACCAAUUAUGCAACAGCAAUAACAACCGAACCGAACAAAGGGAGAUUACUGGUUUGACACGCAUUACUAAGAAACGCCUAAAAGAGCUCUGCAAAAAGGAUAAACUCUAUCAGACGCCGGCGCUUAAUGAUGUGCUUUAUCUGCACUAUCAAGGCAUCGAUUGCAUUGAGUGCUUGGACGAUUACACCGGCCUCAAAUGCCUUUGGUUGGAAUGCAAUGCCAUAUCCGAAAUACAGGGACUGGACAAUCAAAAACAGUUGAAGUGCCUAUUCUUACAAAGUAAUUUGAUAAAACGUAUUGAGAAUUUGGAAAACUGCCCCGAGCUAGAUACGCUCAAUUUGGCUUCGAAUCAUAUACGAAAAAUCGAGAAUUGUGGCUUCGAUGUAUUGCCAGUUUUGAGUACUCUAAAUUUGUCCUCGAAUUAUUUGAAAGACUUUGAUGGUCUUAAAGAUUUGGAAAAUUGUAAGACGCUGUCAGUGUUGGACUUAUCGAAUAAUCGUAUCAAUGAUAUUCUGGUGGUAAAGAUUUUCGCAAAAAUGCCGCAAUUGCGUGUGCUGGUGCUACAAGGUAAUCCAGUAGUGUCUAAAUUACCGCAGUACCGCAAGACCCUAAUAUUGGAGUGUAAAGAACUGACUUAUCUCGACAGUCGUCCAGUGUUUCCGAAAGACCGCGCAUGCGCGGAAGCUUGGAAAAUUGGUGGUUACGGAGGUGAACGAAAAGAAAAUGAACGGUGGAACCGCAUGGAACGUAAAAAGAUACGUGACAGCGUUAACGCCACAAUUCGCAUGCGAAACCGACAUAAACCACCAGACCAACAAGAUGCCCUUUUCAAUUCAUCCGAUUCCGAUGAAGAUUCCAUGGAAGUGAAGCGACAUCGGCAGGCUGAAGUCGAUGCUGGCAUAAAUAUGGAAUUGGGUAUAUGGGAAGAGGUAGUGAAUGAAGAUAGCAAAUCGGAAACAGCUUCCUCUGACAUCAAUAUUAGCUCAUCAACAUCGGUACUAAGUACUACAGACUCAAAUGCUAAUAUUUCAGCGGACUCCAAGUCACUGGAGUUGCGUUCAAAUCUAGACAAAGAAGAAUCGAAAAUCAUAAAUGACUCUCACGUUACAAAAUCUCAAGUUUUAGAAAUAACAACAGAUGGUAGUAUAGGAACUGUAUUGAAUAUUUGUAAUACAGAUUCGUUGAGAGAGAAAGUUGAGAUUGCUAAUGAAAUCAAUUCUGUCGAAAUUACAUGUGGUGUAAUUGAACGUCUGUUAGACAAUGAGAUAUUACCAGCUGUUAUGCAAAAAACCGGGAAUCUCAACAGGCGCAUGUCAGAAAUGCAAAAUAUCUCCGAUUCCGAUGAUGCUGGCAAAGAUGAGUAUAAUGCAACCGUGGAUGCAAUUUCUAAAAUAACAAUGAAUGAUCUCUCAACACCGUCUCCGAAAAAACGUAUCAAACUACAAAUAGAGGUCGAUGAGUGCUUGGAAAUGAUGGAAAUAGAAGAAGAACAAAUUGCAACUGAAAAGCGUUUACAGAUGGAGGUAGAGUAUGUGCAACCGCAGCAAAAUUAUGACAGCAGUGUGAAAAAUGUAGAAGGAACAUGCUUAAUAAGAGAGGAUCAUGAGUUCCUACAAGUCAAAACCGCUGAACAAUUAAAGUAUGAGCAGGAGUGUGAGGAAGUCAACCAAAAAUUAGUAGAGGACUUUGAAGAACUUUCGACUCAUAUGGAUAACUUUUUCGUAGAAAUGAAGAAAGACAAAGAGUCGAUUGAAAAAACGCAAAACAUUAGCUUUUCUGUGCAGAAUUAUGAAGUUAAAAAAAGUAAUAAAUCCAAUUCAACUUUGCUGUGUAGAGAAACCACGCCAGAAAACCAUGUUGCCUCGGUGGUCGAACAUGUGGCGCAAGUGGAAGCACCUUCAGAAUUACCAGAUGGUGAAAGAGACCCAGAAGAAGGCAGCAGCAGUAGUGCCGAUGUGCCACCUGAAGCCAGCGGUGUCGAUAAGGUUAUUACGUUGGGUAGUACGGUUCUUAAGGUGGAAAUAUUGGAGAGUGAUGUACCAGGUGACCAUGCAGAUACACCAACACAAGUAGUUAACAAUGAUUCUACGGAAACGGAUAACAAACAGAAAGCUGGAAUUGAUGCUGCUGUUAUGACACCGAACUUUGGUAGACAACAAGGAAAAGCUAUCUCAACUUUCGAACGCGAAGAAAGAGAACUACGUCAAUUACUACAAAAACUUGAAGAUGAAAAUGAACAAUUGUAUAAAAUUAACAACGCAUACCGACAAGCGUUAGAAAAGGACAUACGUAAUGAGAUAAAAUAUAGAGACAGUGACAGUAGCGAAGACACGAAUAAAAUAUGCGCUGAAAUAAUUCAAGACCUUCUUGAUGAGUUGGCUUUAUUGAAGCAGACAACCCGAGAACGGCCAACAAAGCCGAAAAGCUAUGAAUUUAUUGAAAUUGAAUCAGACGAAGAAUACAGCUACUCAGAUCCCCAAAAGUCGCCUGAGCCGCCAGUGCGCAGCAUACGUGAGGUGUUGGAUUCUUUCAAUGAACUGUUACAGGAGAUAGCACGCAAGAAUAAAGCUGAGAAAGAACGCGAGGAAUGUGAAAACAGAGAAGCCGUUCAAAAUAAAUACGCGACCACCGAAGCUCAAAAAGCUGCGAGUUUACAGAAUCUUCUGAAAUCACCAAAUUUGCGCGAUUUCAAUGGCGAUACCAGUGAGUUGUUGAAUCAUCAAAUUGCUACUGAAAAGAAACGCGAGAAUGCGCGUGUGCGCAAAUUAGUUGAUCGUGUUUAUGCGCAAAAAGAUAAGUACAACGAUACAUUGGAAGUGGUGGGCGGUAAGCUGGUUGUGGUGAAAAAGGACACUGGCGAGAUAGAGGAUUUGCCGGAAAGCAAAUUUAAUUAUAGUGAUAGUGACGAUUCAGACUACUAUGAAUCAGCCAAUUCCGAUAAUGAGGGUGGUACUGAGUCAAUGCGUCUAUGGGACUCAAAGGUGCGUAGGGAGGAGAACGGAGCUGGUAGUUUUAAAUUACCUUAUCGACCCACCGAACGUAUACCUGCCAUGCAGUUAAUACAGAAAGCAAAUGUGUUGAAGGAAAAGGAGGAGGCAGCACGUGAGGCAGCAGAAGAAGAGGAAAAUGAACAGUUUUAUUCAUUGGAACCAUCGAAACCCACAGGUUUCCAUGAUAUCGAUAAAGAAUUUAUAGACAAAAUGGACUUUGAAAAGGUGGCUGUUGAAAAGCCGAAUGAAGAUACUCUGGUGGAGUGCACACGCAGUUAUACUGAGCUGAAGCAGAUCAUCAAGCAUGAUAAAGAAGACUUCGAUUUGACAGUGGAUGAAAGUAAUAUAUUGCAGAGAAUAGUGGAACGUGUGGAGCAAAAUAAUAGCAAGCAAACUACUAGUCCACUGACAGAGGAAGAGAACGAGCUACUGCAUAAGAUGGUGCAACGUACAAAGGAGAAAGAAAGAGAUAAGCAGGAAACCCGACGUUUAGAGGAAGAAACACGCGGAAGCAAAGUUAAGCCGACACUUUCGAAACAGACUAUGAAAAUUAUGGAAUUUAAUGGCAACUCGGGUCAAACUAGUGAUAGUAAGAAAGAGAACAUCGGAAAUUUUAUGAAUAUAAAGCAAUUGGAUGCUGAAUUUCCAAUACCCCGUAUCUUCAGAGAUAUGCUAGAUGAAACAGAUUUGAAUGAAAUUGCGCAUAGGUUUCAUGACAUUGAGCCUAAGCCUGAAUUGAUGGAUUUAUAUAGCAAACAAACAAAUGAGCCUGUAAAAGAGCUAUAUGAAAAGCAAAAAUGUGGGCUUUUCAAGAAUCCACUUGAACUUAGUCGUGGCGGUAUAGGGGUUGGGCAGCAAUGUGACGAAGAGGAAUUUCACGAAUUAGAUACAAGUUACGAGGAUGUAUUACCAGCAACAGAUGAACUAGAUGUGGAAGUGUUGAAUGCGGUAGAUGAGUGCGAAGAAUUAGAAUCUGAAUCAGAGCUAGAGCCAAAGCCCUUAGCAAUAUACCAAGAAAUAAACGACGAAGCUUUAAAAGCCAAAGUGGAGCACAUGAAAGCUAAUCCAGAAUUAAAUGAGAAGCGUGAAAGCCUUAGAGAUGUGGCAGUACAUGUGCUGAAAUUUGAUGGAAGUAAUUACGAGGAAUAUGGUAUUGAUCAAGAAACAGCGCGUGGAGUUGUGGCAUAUGAGAAAAUGUUAAAUUUUGGUGUAGUCGAGACUGAAGAAGAGUUUCAAGAUGCGCCAAUGGGCGAGGAAGAGAUGGCGAAAAGCGUUACCGAAGCGCUACAAAAAAAUGAGUUAAAGGAGGGGAAAGAAGAACAUAUUGCAGAGUUCAAGUUUACUAAAAAAAGCGUACCAGAUACGAAAACAGAAAAGGAAACGAAAGAUAUACAAAACGAGCUUGUAGUACAAAAUGUACACGAGCAAACCGAUAUGAGAGAGGUAGAAGAUGACACCGCUUCCGGUAAAGAGCUGACCAUCAAGUUUAAAAUAGAUAAUUUGCAAGAAAACACCGAUGCUAUCGUUGAAGAUAACUCUAAAAAUGUUGAUCUCUACGAUUUGGAGGAAAUGACCAAAGAGAAUAUGAGAAAAUUGGAAAAUCUUGAAAAUGAAAUCACCAAUUAUUUAUAUCAAUUCGCGGAUCAUAUACAGAGUCAAGUAGACCACAAGAAAUUACCAGUUAAUACCGAGUUUCCAGAAGUCUCAGUUGAAUAUAAGGCUAUACCACAAAGAGUUUCUAAAAUAGAUGAAAUAAUUAGUAAUAUGAACACAGUACGCGAAGUACAGCGAGAGACAGCAGCCCCAAAACUCUGUGAUGCCACCCCUGCACACCGACAACCAGAAACAACAACCAAAACUGAAGAACUUAACAACAAACCCGCCUCUAAUGACCUAGAGAAAUCGCGUAGUCUUGCGAAUUUACUCAAAUCACCUCUCAUAAAGCAAUUCAACGAUGAUACCAACGAAAGCCUGGACGCACAAAUACAAGCAGCCCAGAAAAACGAUUUCGACUUGAUCGAAUGUAGCCUAGAAGUUAUUGGUGAUGACGAUGAGGUGGUCAAAGAAAUUUCGGUUAACGCCGAGAUUACAUUCAAUUCCUAAAAAAAUAUUAAAAUCAAACCAAAUUUAUGUAUAUUUUUUAUAAAACACAAGUUUUUCAAGUCCUAAUUAAUCACCUUUGUAUGUAUGUACAAGUAUAUAUGGUCUAUAUACGUACUACAAGUACAUAUAGUACCUAGAUUCCACCAAAUAUAUAUGUAUGGAUGU